GUCGGCCGGCGAAUCGUGCCCGGGAUUGUCGAUUCGGCUGGAAGCGGGCGACGCGACGCGAGAGGUACAGAGGCGAGGAAGAGGCGCCGUUAUUAUCGAUGUCUUUAAAAAGCAACGUGAAACAAUUCCAAUAAGCGAAAUAAGAUCGGUCUGAACUGGCCGCUCGUCUGUCUCGCUUGGCGCAUAUAGGGUUUCGGUUUUCGAUUACCGCGAGUCUUCUGAGUCACGAAUGUUUACUACAGUGCGGAGGGUACUUUCGAAGAAAGCCUCGGGUGGGUGUCCACUCGCUCGCUCACGCAUCCGCAAGCGGGCUAUCGAUUCGAGCAAGCGUCGGAUUACCGCGUUCCUUCAUCGUUUGCACGGUAUUCUUCGUCUUUGCCCUCCCGAUAUCGCUGGAGAAAAUCUUACGCCGUCUUUGCAACAAUUUCGCGAUUCAAAAGCAAAUGGUAACUCGAUAGAAUUCACUGUGCCGUCAUCAUUCAUUAAUAUUGAGUGUCUGAGAAUAAGAUAAAAUGCGUGUGCAUUCGCGAUCGAUACACUUGGACGAGCCUCCCCAAUACCGGUGCUCGCACUGCGUGAGUGCGUGGGUGAUAUUCGGUUGCGAAGAGAGGCGAAGAAGGGAAGCGAGCAGGCGAGGUGCAUCAGGUGUAUCCGUAGAGUGGUGGUAGAGUUACGCGCGUUGACGAGAAGUGAGCUCGACGCCCGCGAGAGUCAUGCUUUUAGCGUCAAUCUUCGUUUCACGACACGUCUCAUCGGUUUCCCGUCUUUCUGCGGACACGUGAACGCGCAGUUUUCCAGCUGCGAAUCGUCGUGCUUCGGCGGGCCAUUUCGUCCUUGUCGUUAUCGAGAUAGCGGCGGUAUUCCUGAACGGCAUGGACACGAGGCACGAAGCCGCGCGGCGUAGAAUGAGCCACGAAGGCGCGACGCUUUCCUGGCGAAACUUGUCCGUUUACGCGGUGGAUCAGAGCCGACGCACUGUAAGCAAGCAGCUCAUCAAUAGCGCCCGAGGCGUGGUACGGCCUGGCGAGCUCACCGCGAUCUUAGGCGGCAGCGGCGCUGGAAAAAGCUCGCUGAUGACAGCACUGGCAUUUCGCACAGAACCCGGCACCGUUGUGCACGGUGAUGUCCACGUCAACGGCACGUCGGCUGGCUCCUCGUACAUGAGACGUCACAGCGGCUUCAUGCAUCAGGAAGACAUGUUUAUCGAGACAAUGACGGUGCUCGAGCACAUCUGGUUUAUGGCUAGAAUGAAAUUAGACGGGAGAAUGCGCACCUCGGACAUUCGUCUCAAGAUCGAUCGUUUGUUGAGGGACAUCGGUCUCGUCGAGAGACGCGACGCUCGCAUCGGCGGCGGCGACGACGGCAAGGUUUUAUCGGGCGGAGAGAAGAAGAGGCUGGCUUUCGCCACCGAGCUGCUGACGGAUCCUGAGAUACUGUUCCUGGACGAGCCAACAACGGGACAGGACGCGCAUUCGGCCGGCGUCCUCGUGUCGCACAUGACGUCCUUCGCAUUGAGGAACCGCACGGUUUUGUGCACCAUACACCAACCGAGCUCCACCAUCUUCGACAGCUUCCAUCGCAUAAUCCUCUUAGCCGGCGGUAGAGUGGCGUUUGCCGGUACCAGCACGCAAGCGAUACAGUUUUUCUCCAGCCAAGGCUACACGUGUCCGUGCAAUUACAAUCCGGCCGACUUCCUGGUGGCGACUCUGGCGAUCGCGCCCAGCGACGCGGACGGUAGCGGAAGAGUCGCGCAGAAGAUCUGCGACGCGUUUCUCACGAGCGAAGCCUGCAACGAAAUCGACAUUAUAUUGCAGCAGGAGCUCGAUGCCGCUCGUGUGCAAUGCCCCGCCAGAGGGAACACUCGCGGGUCGCACGCCUUCGUGGAACCGCGCUGCUGGUUGCGGCUCUACUGGCUGAUCCAUCGCGGAUUCCUGCAAGUUCUGCGGGACCCCUCGGUGCAAUUCAUCAGGAUAUUGCAAAAAGUGAGCAUCGCAACGACCGCCGGCCUCUGCUUCGUCGGCGCCGUCGAUCUCGAUCAACUGGGCAUUCAGGCCGUGGACGGCGUUAUAUAUCUCCUGGUGUGCGAGAAUGCGUUCUUCCCCAUGUACGCGACCUUGGCGCUGAUCCCGCAGGAACUGCCGCUUCUCCUUCGAGAGUACAAAGCGGGCAUGUACCCCGUCCACCUUUACUACCUGGCGCGAAUGAUAUCGCUGGUACCCGGGCUGCUGGUGGAGCCGAUGCUGUUCACCGUAAUAAUGUACUGGCUGGCGGGCUUGCGUCCCGCGAUGGAUGCUCUCGGCCUGACUAUCUUGGUGGUUGUGUUCACGAUGAACGUGUCUACCGCGUGCGGGUGCUUCUUCUCGGCCGUCUACCAGAGCGUGCCGCUGGCGAUGGCGUACCUCGUGCCCUUCGAUUACGUUCUUAUGAUAACCAUGGGACCUUUCAUCAAGCUCGGUUCGUUGCCCGUGUACGUGCGAUGGGUAAGGUACGUCUCCUGGCUGCUGCACUCCACGGAGGCCCUCACAAUUAUCCAGUGGCGAGGCGUGCAUAAUAUAUCCUGCGAGACGACCGAGCUGCCCUGCCUCACUGAGGGCGCCGACGUGCUGGACCGCUACGACUUCGACGAGCGCAACUUCUGGCCCGACGUCGCCCUCAUGGCUAUCAUCUACGCCGUCUUCCACUCGCUGGCGUACGUCUUCCUGUGGAGGCGAUGCAGAUCGAAAUAAACGGAUCUUAACGACGCCAAAA